CCUCAGAAACCGACUCAGGUUUCUAAGAGUUCCCAAAAAAAUAAUAAUAUUAAAGAUCCUGAGAUACAACCUACGAAACAGGCUCAAGUUUCUAAGAGUUCUUUAAAAAACGCUGAUGGUAAAGUGUCUGAUGAAAAACCUUCAGAACCGAGUUCCUCAAAAAAUGCUAAAGAAUCUAAUAUACAUUCUUCGGCCUCGAAACCGACUCAAGUAUCUAAGAGUUCCUCAAAUAAAGCUAAUGCCAAAGUGUCUGAUGAAAAAUCUUCAGAAACGAGUUCCUUAAAAAAUGCUAAAGAAUCUAAUAUACAUUCUUCAACCUCAAAACAGACUCCAAUUUCUAAUAGCUCCUCAAACAAAGCUAAUGCCAAAGUGUCUGAUAAACAACCUUCAAAACCGACUCAAAUUUCUAAGAGUUUCACAAAAAAGGUUGCUAAAGAAUCUAAUAUACAUUCUUCGACCUCAAAACAGACACCAAUUUCCAAGAGUUCCUCAAACAAAGAUAAUGCCAAAGUGUCUGAUAAAAAACCUUCAAAACCGACUCAAGUUUCUAAGA